CAGUGGUGAAACUUUUUCUUACCAAAGGUGAAGUUUUUGGAGAUGGAGAGGAAUUGAAGGAGGGACCACCAACUGGGGAUGAGGACAAAAUCUCCAAACGGCUUCCGUACGGACGUUUUCCACUACCCUGAAGAAACACAGUAGAGAGAAAGGAUUACCAAUCGUAUAUAAGAGGUGGCCAAUACUGUUCACAGGAAGGAAGAUAGAGGAAAAAACCCUAAACGCAUUCUAAUCGAAACCCUACUGAUUUCCAGCCACCACCACUAAACACGAAGAGAGUUCGGCCGCUACUGUUCAAUAACGAGGAAGAAAAGAUUUUAUCGCCGCAACGUCACGGCAAGCAAAAGGGCGGUGAUUAUGAGGAGCUUACAGUUGGCGACUCGAAGAAGCUAGAAGCGUAGGAGAUCAUAUACCUGUUCAUUCGUCUCCAAAGUAUCCCGAUCCGAAUAGAGAUGGCUGGAAGAGGUAGAGAUGAUGCUGCAAUUGCUGAGGCUCUGGGUAUGCUAGCUGGAGUACUUGGGGGAAAUCCGAAUGUUGUGGGAAUGGGAGCUGCUCGUCAACUGAGUGAGUUCCAGAAGAACAAUCCUCCAAUGUUCAAGGGAGCAUACGAUCCAGAUGGCGCUCAGAAGUGGUUGAAGGAGAUUGAGAGGAUCUUCCGAGUGACUGAGUGUGCCGAUAACCAGAAGGUCAGGUUCGGUACGCAUAUGCUGUCAGAGGAAGCGGACGAUUGGUGGGUUGCUACCCGCACUGAAUUGGAAGCUGUUGGGAAUGCUGAGAUUACUUGGGCUGUGUUCCGAGAGAGAUUCCUGAGGAAGUACUUUCCAGAGGAUGUCAGAGGAAAGAAAGAGAUAGAGUUCUUGGAAUUGAAGCAGGGCAAUCGGUCGGUUACUGAAUAUGCUGCUAAGUUCACAGAGCUGUCGAAGUAUUACACUCCCUAUAACGAGGCUACUGGGGAAUUUUCGAAAUGUGUGAAGUUUGAGAACGGGUUGCGUCCCGAGAUCAAGCAGGCUAUUGGAUAUCAGCGGAUCAGAGUGUUUUCUGACUUGGUUGACUGUUGCAGGAUUUUUGAACAGGAUUCCAAAGCCAGAGCAGAGAGCUAUCAGCAAAGGGUUGAUAGGAAAGGCAAGAAUCAGAAUGAUCGUGGAAAACCGUAUGCAGCUGGCAAAGGUUUUCAGAGACAGAGUGGGAUGAAGAGGCCUAGUGGGGGAGACUCCAGUGCCCCUGCUAAGUGUUACAGAUGUGGUCAGGCUGGGCAUCGUAUCCAUGAAUGUACCAGUAAUGAGAAGAAGUGUUUCAAGUGUGGAAAAGGUGGUCAUUUGGCUGCAGACUGCCGGUUGAAGACUGUGACUUGUUUCAACUGUGGAGAGUUGGGUCAUAUUAGUCCACAGUGUCCUAAGCCGAAGAAGGAGAACCAGUCGGGAGGCAAGGUCUUUGCUUUAUCGGGUUCUGAGACUUCUGCAGAUGAUCGUUUGAUCCGAGGUAACGAGCAGUGAUUGAGUAGGAGCUAGUACUUGGAGUCUAGAGUAGUUCAUUAGGGGGUCAUGCUCUGAUAGAUGUAACAUCGGGAAGGGAUGUUUUGAAUGUUUUACUGUUGGUUAUGAACCAUUUUACAUGUAAUGUGUUACAUGUUUUGAUUGAUUUGAUUUAUAUCCGCUGCGAUUUAUGCGAAUGUUUAUUUGAUUAAAUAAAGAGCAUGACUGUUAUUUUGGAACAUGGU